CGUUGUCGGUGCUGAAGUUGGGCGGAUGGAAGAAAAACACCGCGGAUGGAGAUUAUAAGGCAGGAUGCAUAUUUACUGUGCGAUUUAACAAGCAUCAACAUAAAACACGUAUAAGGUAAUCACUACAGAAGACUGACAACCAGAAUUAAAAGGAUGGUAUAUUUUUGCUCCCCUUGCGCUCAACAUGUGCAAAUGGUCCACCCACUGAGUCCCUGAGCUCUGCUGAGACCCAGGCGGAGACCGCUGUCCUCCUUAUCCUUCCUCACCUCCUGGCCCUCCAUCAAGGAUGGUGAGAACAACAAUACUACCCUGUAGACACACCCUAGUGCUUUACUUUUGAACCCACCCAAGUUCAACCAACCACUUACCUCAGCGCCAUGAUUCUCCUGCCGUGUCUGUCUGUGGAAACAACUGACUGAUUCUCAUGCCCCGAAGUUUAAGCGGAGUUGAUAUGAGAAAACGGCAGCAGCCACACAUUGAAGGUCCUCCCCAGGUGCCUGGCCACCCAAGACCCAAGAACUGCUGCAUGUGCUGGUGUGGUUGUUGUAAAUGCCUCUGGAAUGAGGACCGCAUGGAGGGUUCCGAACGGACAUGCACUAAAAUGGAUAGUAUUGAAGCCACGGAGGAGCAGCAACCCACUCUAGACGAGGUGGUGGCCUGGGCCCGUAGCUUCGAGCUGGUGAUGCGCUCCUCAGAAGGCAGGGAGAUUUUCAGAGAAUUUCUGCGCUCUGAGUACAGCGAAGAGAACCUGUUGUUCUGGCUGGCCUGUGAGGAGCUGAAGAAGGAGACGGACCCGACAGCGAUCGAUGAGAAAGCCAGGAUCAUCUACGAGGACUAUGUCUCCAUUCUAUCGCCGAAAGAGGUGAGCCUGGAUUCACGGGUGAGGGAAGGCAUCAACCUGAGCCUGGCGGAGCCCAGCAACAUGAUGUACGAGGAGGCCCAGCUGCAGAUCUACACCCUGAUGCACAGAGACUCCUACCCCCGUUUCCUCAACUCCUCUGUUUACAGAGACCUUCUGGACAGCAAGAGAAGCUCCUGCCUUGACACCUAAAGUAACCCUCCCCCAACAAACAAACAAAACAGAAAGACAAUCAGGGGCCAGAACUGGGUUAGAUAUUUUCCUUUUUUGAAAACCAGAAAAUAAGAAAUAGUUUAAGCAAUUUCAAGUGUCUGCUCGCGGGCGGUCCUGAGGGUUAGUUCCUGGUUUAACUGCAGAUCAGAGCUCCUCAGGCUACUGUUACAAAGAGAAACAAAAGGAAGGGUAGACCCAUUGUUCCUGUACUGGACUUUUGAGAGUUCUCCUUUUGCUCUGUCUCUUUCGCUCUCUCUCUUGGUCUGUAUUUUUCUCUCUCAAAUUCUGUCCCAUGCCUCAGACUUUUUUACAGUCCAAAAACAAUGCCCUUUUUAAGAUGGCUGUAGAGCUGACCGUAGUGAGCAGGAAAAUCACUGACUUUGCAUGUAACAAGGUAAUGGAAUUCGCUCUACAGUAGCUUGGUAUGUUAGCAGUGGACAACAAAGGCUCUUGAAUAUGAGAUGUAUUUUCUUCUGUUCUAGGGAUUACCUUGUCAAGCUCUUUAUGUGUUAUGUGAAGGGAAUAUUGAUAUUUGCCAAUUAGCUUGCAGUCUUUGAUUUUGAGAAGGUUGAACGUUUUACAGCAGUGUUAAUUUCAAAGCACUUGCCUUCUUUCCAACUCUAAAAGAGAAGGCAACUAAAUGUCUAAUGAACAUGACUUUCCACGGGAAAUCACAAUGCCUUGACGUGAAAAAGGCGGCA